ACAGAGUUGGUUUCAAUUUCAAACAAACUCUCAAAAACCCUCCAAAUUCCCCGCCACCGCUAACCCCAUGGCCACCACUUCUAAUAAUCUUGCAGCCUCUGCUGCCUCCGCCGCCACCGCCACUACGACCACAACUCGCCCUUUCUCCGCCACCGCCACCACUGCUGCUGCUGCUGCCGCCGCUAAAUCCCCCUCAAGACCCCAAACACACCAUGCUUCUCCAUUUCCACUUUACCACUACUACGCAUCUCAAAACAUUCAAAUUAGACCCCAAACCCAAACAAAAACCCAAAUUUCAAAUCCAAUUUCAUCGUCUCAGCAACAACAGGGGAUUCUCUACCCAGUUGCUUCCUCUGGCCGCGGUUUCAUUCCCAGGCCUGUUCGCCCUGCAGAUCAGACCGUUACCGUGGCUAAUAACCAAAACCUUACCUCCGGCGCGUACCAUCCACGUGCUGUUGGAGUGGCAUAUAGACCUCCAAUUGGGUCUGGGUCUGGGCCUGCUUCCGGAACUAGCCCCGGGUGUCCACGGUCUCAUCCCCACAUGGACUCUGGUUUGGCGCAUAUUCCUCAUCCUUCUUUUCAUCAUCCCGUGCACAUGAUCAGGCAGCACCCACCCCACCUGCAACAUCAGCAGCAGCAGCAUUAUAUAGGUGGUUCCGCUGGUGCAGGACUGGCUCCAAUUAAGGGAAUUCCGGUUACUGGGCAGCUCAAGGCUGCUUCAUCUCCAUUACCAGAUUCAGAUUCCAAUGUCUAUAAAACUUUGAGGGACAGGAGCAGAGAUGAUACUCUUACUAUUGUUAGGGAUCGAAAAGUAAAAAUAUCAAAUGAGGCUUCUCUUUAUGCACUUUGUCGAUCAUGGUUGAGAAAUGGAUUACCAGAAGAAAGUCAGCCACACUAUGGGGAUGUUGUAAAGUCUCUUCCAAGACCUUUACCUAUGCCUGUUUUAGGCACUCAUUCACCAAAUAAGGAAGACGAAGAAGAAGUAGAAGACAAUGACAAGGAUGAGCAGUCUUUUGAUCAUUUAUCUACACAAGAUCUCUUAAAGAGGCAUAUUCAGCGUGCUAAAAAGGUUCGGGCACGUCUAAGGGAAGGACGGUUGAAGCGAAUUGCAAGAUACAAAACCAGGCUGGCCCUUCUCCUUCCUCCGCAGGUAGAACAGUUCAGAAAUGACACAGCUGCUGGAAACUGACCCAUACAGAUGAGGCAAGACAUUGUGAUAUUAACACUCCCUCACAUAGAAUGAAUGAAGGAAAAGUGAAAGUGUUCAACAAUGGUGGUAGAGUUGAAUGAUCCAACCCACGGUUGGAGGCAAUAGGAUAAAAUUGUUCAAUUGGUUUGUUUAAGAAGUAACUGUGUGAUGAUCUAUGAUUGUCCAGCCCGAAAACAGAACCGCUUAUCGUCUUUUUCUUGCUUGAUGGGGCUGGAAUGGGAAAAUGUGAAUCAGAAAUGCCUCCUGGGGGAUAUUUCAACAUCGCCUGAUCUCCAUCUUGUUGCUGUAAAAUGUAUUUGACGGUUGAAUUUGAUCAACCACCAACAUUUUUUAAGUGAGUUCAUAUUUCAAUAUUAGAUUGCUCCCUUAAUGUCA